GCUUCAACCGUACCCUUCCCGCCAAAACCCUAAUUUCUGUCCAAUGCUUUUCACUCCCAGCAUAGAAACCACCUAGCCCCCGAAUUGCAAUCCCGCCGCCGCCAUGCAGAAAUCCCACUUGGUGCUUAUCCUGGAUUAUGGCUCCCAAUACACUCAUCUCAUCACUCGUCGGAUUCGCUCUCUCAACAUCUUCUCUCUCUGCCUUUCAGGUACUUCUUCCCUGGACACCAUCAUCUCCCUCAACCCCAAAGUCAUCAUCCUCUCUGGAGGGCCCCACUCGGUCCAUUCUCCCAAAUCCCCCACCUUUCCUUCUGGUUUUGUGGAGUGGGCCCAGUCUAAUGGUUGCUUUGUGCUUGGCAUUUGCUACGGUUUGCAAUUGAUAGUACAGAGGUUGGGAGGAGAAGUGAGAGUUGGAGAAAAACAGGAGUAUGGGAGGAUGGAAAUUGAGAUUGGAAGUAAUUUGGGAAUUUUUGGCAAUAAAAAAAUCGGGGAUAGGCAGGUAGUUUGGAUGAGCCAUGGGGAUGAGGUUGCGCAGUUGCCUGAGGGGUUUGAAGUAGUGGCAAGGAGCCAACAAGGGGCGGUUGCAGCUCUGGAGAAUCGGCUGAAGAGGUUUUAUGGGUUGCAGUACCACCCGGAGGUGACUCAUUCACCAGAGGGCAUGGAUACGCUACGCUAUUUCCUCUCUGAUGUUUGUGGAGUUGUUGCAAAUUGGAACAUGGAAAAUGUGGUGGAUGAAGAAAUAAAGGUGAUUAAAGGGACAGUGGGACCUGAAGAUCAUGUCAUAUGUGCAUUGUCAGGGGGUGUGGAUUCCACAGUUGCUGCAACCCUUGUUCAUAAGGCAAUUGGUGAUAGACUUCAUUGUGUUUUUGUCGACAAUGGUUUAUUAAGGUUUAAAGAGAGAGAACGCGUAAUGGAAACUUUCGAAAGGGAUCUGCAUCUACCUGUUACUUGUGUGGAUGCUUCCUAUCAAUUCCUUAGCAAGCUGAAAGGUGUAGUAGAUCCUGAGAUGAAAAGGAAGAUAAUUGGAAAGGAGUUCAUUAGCAUCUUUGAUGAUUUUGCUCAUGGUUUGGAGCAAAAGUUAGGAAAGAAACCUGCCUACCUGGUCCAAGGAACCUUGUAUCCAGAUGUUAUUGAAUCUUGCCCACCUCCUGGAUCUGGAAGAAAUCACUCACACACUAUUAAAAGCCAUCACAAUGUAGGAGGGCUUCCGAAGGAUAUGAAAUUGAAGCUUAUAGAACCACUUAAGCUUUUGUUUAAGGAUGAGGUUCGUCAACUGGGAAGGAUCUUGAAUGUUCCUGAGGCAUUUUUGAAGCGCCAUCCAUUCCCUGGUCCUGGCCUUGCAGUUCGAGUCUUGGGUGAUGUAACUGAAGGCAAUGCUUUGGAUAUUCUCCGACAGGUUGAUGAGAUUUUCAUCCAAUCCAUCAAGGAUGCAGGGCUGUAUGAUUCAAUUUGGCAAGCUUUUGCAGUGUUUUUGCCUGUAAGAUCUGUUGGAGUUCAAGGUGAUCAAAGAACACAUUCUCAUGUUGUUGCUUUAAGAGCUGUUACGAGUCAAGAUGGAAUGACAGCAGAUUGGUACUAUUUUGAGCAUAAGUUCCUUGAUGAUGUGGCUCGAAAAAUUUGCAACAGUGUGAGGGGUGUAAACCGAGUUGUUCAAGACAUCACAUCAAAGCCUCCAUCAACCAUUGAAUGGGAAUGAUGGCAUUUUGGAUGCUUAAAGCUCGAUGGAGACCCAAGUAACUCCAUGGUUUGUAAAGGAAAAUGAUUUGAGCUAUUUGAUGUAUUAUUGUUGUCUUAUCUGGAAAAUUUUAUGCAAACAUUCCAUUGAAACUUAAUGAUGAUAAAGUUUUAUAGUUUAUGUUUUUUUUC